CAUAAAGCAUAACGAACCUCGUCAAUACGGUUCAAUAAAGUCUAAUUAGCAUGCCCGCAUUAGGCUCGUAGUUGUCGUUAACUCAUUUAUUAUUAAGUAGUUCGUUUAGGUUAUGCGUCAAUAGGACGUCGUAGUGAUGCACGUAGUUUUGAGGUACUGGUUGUUGUGAGUCGUAAAGGAAGAUUUAAAACAUUCGCGAGUACAGAAAUACGACAUGUGCAAUGCAGUUUAAGGUGUUGCGCAUUGUGAGAAGUAGCAGAAGUAAUUGACUUAGCGAGCCACAAACAAGUGCGAAAGGGGAUAAUGCUAUAUACGACAUCAGUACGGGAGGUCACCAAAGGCUCAUACACAUAACACCAAAGAAUUCUUUUGGAAGAUAAAGUGAAUUCUUAAUUCCAAACAGUUUAUAUAACUAAGCAGUUUUUAUGGCCAUGAUAUUUUAAGUGACUAUCAGACUUAAUAAAUCAUUGCGAAAGACUGCUGGUAGUAUUCAGCUUCAAUGCCAUACAUUCUAGUUAGAGGGAACCUUGCAUCAUAUGGACAGCGCCAGCCUUGGAGAGUUCUUGUGUCAGGCUUGAAAGCAUCAGAUCUUGAGCAGAUGAGCAGGUUCGCUUCAGGAGGUUACUGUGAUGAAUCAACUAUAGUUUUCUUGCAACAUCCAUGUGUUAUUCUGACAGCCCUUGAAGUUCUGGGUUAUAAAGUAGUUGCUUCAUCCUCUGCCUCUGUUAAGCAAGACUACAAUGAGUAUAUGUGGACUAUGAGAAAGGACUUUGCAGAACCAGAGCCUACUGGAAAUGGACAUACCACUUUUGCUUCCUAAUCAAGUCAAUAUGCCAGACCUUCCAACUUACUUAUAUGCUGCAGUCAAAGGAUCAUUGCAUGCUAGUGACUGUUCUGUUUUUGGACUCAACUGUGCUGAGAUACAGGCACUAACCAAGCGUUACCAAAAUACGUCAUCUGAGA